UUCCCAUAUUUGCAGUCGAUAGCGUACGCCCGGGCGUGCGCCGCGGCAGUUUAUCAGUGCGAAUGCAUUAACCUUGAUGAAACCCUCCGAGCGCGCAUCAGGCACAGCGAGAUAAGGUGUGAUUAACGACGGUUGCCGUACUUUCUUCUGUGUGUCGGCCGAUCGUAUUUUACGCAGGAAGUUAACGAUGAGACGGAUUAAGGCCAGACUACGAUCUCGACGAAGGUUCACCAGCAGCGACCCCAAAAAUCCACGCGGAUCUCGUCCGCUACCCUCAACACGAGCCCGUCAUCCGCGACUCGUGCAGAAUCCCUCGGUAAAGCAGCGCGUCCGCAGCGAGAGUGGCCAACCCCCGGGUGGUUCAGUUCACCCCGGCGCGUCGAAAAUCUCGCCGUACCGAGCGGUUCGCAGCCACGAUUCUUUCGUCGCACAGCGCGUUCCAGCGAUCAUCAUCGGCCUUCGGUGAUCACGGAAGUGCGCGACGAGGGUGGAUUCGGCGUGUCGGACUAUGAGGAAGGAAAUGCAAUUAUUGGUCCGAGCCUGGGCUCCAUAUUGAUCCACGGUGGCGACGGCAGCGACGGCGACGACGCUGGCGGCGACGGCGGCGGGGGCGUUGACGGCGGUCGUGGUGUUGGCGGCGUUGGAGAAGGCGGCGGUGGUGGUGCUGCUGUUGUCGGUGCUGUCGGCCCUGUACACGGCGCUUUACAUAACGUUCGAGUGGGACUUGAACCAGGCCCACGAGGAACCCGCCCAAAAUGUAUUUCUGCCUGCGUCUCGCGCGACUAUUCCUCAUCUCGGCGAUUCUGUGCGUCGGUCUGUGCUCCGAGGAUGAGGAGAGAUUGGUGCGGGACUUGUUUCGGGGGUACAACAAACUUAUUCGACCAGUGCAGAACAUGACGGAGAAGGUGCACGUGAGAUUUGGCCUCGCCUUCGUGCAGUUGAUAAACGUGAAUGAAAAAAACCAGAUCAUGAAAUCUAACGUGUGGCUGAGAUUCGUGUGGAUGGACUAUCAACUGCAGUGGGACGAGGCAGAUUACGGCGGCAUCGGCGUCCUCAGGUUACCGCCCGACAAAGUGUGGAAACCGGACAUAGUACUAUUCAAUAACGCCGAUGGCAAUUACGAGGUCCGUUACAAGAGCAACGUGCUGAUAUAUCCAAACGGCGAGGUGCUCUGGGUACCACCAGCGAUCUAUCAGAGCUCGUGUACGAUCGACGUCACGUAUUUCCCGUUCGAUCAGCAGACGUGCAUCAUGAAGUUCGGUUCGUGGACCUUCAAUGGCGAUCAGGUCUCCCUCGCGCUCUACAACGACAAGAACUUCGUUGACCUGUCUGAUUACUGGAAGAGCGGCACGUGGGACAUCAUCAGUGUGCCGGCGUACCUCAACACUUAUCACGGUGACUUUCCCACGGAGACCGACAUCACCUUCUACAUAAUCAUCCGCAGGAAAACUCUCUUCUACACAGUAAACUUGAUACUGCCGACGGUUUUGAUCUCCUUCCUCUGUGUGCUCGUCUUCUACCUUCCGGCGGAGGCCGGCGAGAAAGUUACCUUGGGCAUCAGUAUUCUCUUAUCUCUGGUUGUGUUCCUCCUGCUGGUCAGCAAAAUCCUACCGCCGACCUCCCUGGUGCUGCCGCUCAUAGCCAAAUACCUGCUCUUCACCUUCAUCAUGAACACCGUCAGUAUCCUCGUGACCGUGAUCAUAAUAAACUGGAACUUCCGCGGCCCGAGGACCCACAGGAUGCCACAGCUCAUACGCAAGAUCUUCCUCAAGUAUCUGCCGAGAAUCCUGGUGAUGAAGCGGCCGAAGAAGACGCGACUGAGAUGGAUGAUGGAGAUACCGAACGUGACACUGCCAGCUUCCACAUAUUCGGGAAGCCCGACCGAGGUGCCAAAGCUGCCGGCGAAGAAGAUGGAAGUAAUGGAGCUGUCGGAUCUGCAUCAUCCCAAUUGCAAGAUCAACCGUAAGGUGCAGCACACCACGAGCAGCUCGAGCGGCGCCGGGGGCGGUGAAGGUAUGGGCGACAGGAGAGGGUCCGAGAGUUCGGACUCGGUGCUGCUCAACCCGGAAGCCAGUAAGGCCACCGAGGCCGUAGAGUUCAUAGCGGAGCAUCUCAGGAACGAGGACUUGUACAUACAGACAAGAGAAGACUGGAAGUACGUCGCGAUGGUGAUCGAUCGACUGCAACUUUACGUCUUCUUUGUAGUCACCACCGCCGGCACGAUCGGAAUCCUAAUGGACGCGCCUCACAUUUUCGAAUACGUGGACCAGGAUCGUAUCAUAGAGAUCUACCGCGGAAAAUAAUCGGACUCGCCGCGAUGGCGAGUCGCUGUUGUGAGUAAUGUGCCAUCGUCGAGACCGUUCUCAUUUCGUCUCUCUCCUUCUCUCUCUCGAGAUCGAUCUAUGCGUAACAUCGUCAUGCGAACGAUCUUGUUGUUUCAAUCGCGGACGUUUAACGUUCCGUACGACGAACGAUCAUUUUUUUUACCACACGGAUCUCUUUACGAACUUCCGUACUAAGUAUAGAUCUUUUUGACGAAUGUUUCCACACUCUGUCUCCCGUCGUUAUCCGCACCAUUUCACGGCUCUUCCUCUCCGAAAAAAAAAAAGAUUGAACCCGCCGAUUUUUCCAGCGACGGAACUUGACGCGAUCGAAAUGGCACGUAUUAUGUAGAUAGUGACGAUUCCAAUUGCGUUAAUCAUGGCUGCCUCUGCGAUUAUUGUCUUCCCCGAUGCCAUUAACUUCCGACCGCUCCAUUGCGACACGCUUAAACGGAAGAGCUGCUUCUCAUCUUUGAUUUUACCGGAGAGAUUGGUAUUCCCGAGCUCCCUCCGAACGCGAGAAGCAGAUAAUUUUAAUGUAAUAUUACUCAACAAUUGUGAACUCUGUUGACUAGAAAAGUUUCGAUUAUCUGUCCGAAGAAAAUGUGCAUCAAAGAGAAUCUCAGUAAAAUUGAACGCCAGAUAAAUGCUCGCUCAGUAGUAUUGAAUUUAAUUUACUUGCGAAAUAUUGUUUCCUAUUAACGUAUAUUUUCCCAAGACGUCUUACACGGAAAAAAUAUUGUAGUGAAAAUUACUACAAAAUUUUGUAAUACUGGAUCGUAUCGGAAUUAUGACGGAAAUUAUUACGUGUAAUCUUUAGUGAAAUAUAUAUCACUAAAGAUUACAACACACAUUAUAAUUUCAAUUAUAAUUCGGUCCAGCAUUGCAAAAUUCAGUGGUAAUUUUUACUACAAUAUUUUCUUCGUGUACGUAUCGAUACCCCAUAGGUAUAUUAUUGAAAAUAUCUCUUCCGAGCGUAGCUACCACCACACUUAAUGUUAAACGAUGAAGUCCGCGCGAAUAGUAUUGUAUACAUAGUGAAAGUAUGGAAUUAAAGUCGACGGAGCUUUGGCGAAACGAUUGUAACAUAGCAACAAUGACGGUACGCACAAUCUUACGUAGACAGCCAUAUUGAUACCUCUCAAUUAGCAUACGAAUACCCAUAGGCUGGUUAGCUAGGCGAGCAUAGUGACAAGCGCGUUAUCGAUCCCGGAUUUACGCUUCACGUUUAACAUUAAAAAAUCUCGCGAGUCAGUGUAUUUUUUUCUUGAGCUAGUAAUCUCGUCGCAAUUUGUUAGCGCGUUUAUCGUCGGCCGCAGUUUUCCAUCUCUGAGAUCGAGCCGCCGAAUAUAUACCGAGUGACAUACGCCAACGAACAGGCACGGUUCGUCGUGAAACAUCGUGAAACAUUGCGAAAACAACGUUGAAACAAAUCCUCCCUCGUUUCAUCGUACAGCGAUCUCUUCAGCGACAGGUAUCUCUCAAUCAGUAUCGAUCGAAUUCACAAAUAUCAAAGUUAUCAAAUCUCCCCGCGUAAGGUAAGGUCGAAGCGUUCAUUACACGGAUGGACACGCGGAAUCAAUUGCGACAAUGGCUUAGGUAUAGAUUUGAGAUAAUUUUGAUAAUAAUCGUGCGAAUCUCCUCGUGUCCCACGUUGUACAACUAGCUGUGCCCGCGUUUGAUACUUGUCGCGGUGGUCGAGAAAAUCGCGACGACCCCGACACGUCCGCCGGACAAUCUCGCCGAGGACCUCGUAGCGAACGAAUUUCGCGCGAGAUGUGUCAAUUAGAUUAAUGUAUUCGUUGCGAACGUAUCUGCGCGAUCACGAUCGAUAGGUCGGCACGAGUCGGACUGUUGGUUCUCCGUCGAUCGCUACCGCGAGACUCGAGUUUCUCCCGGUGAAAGAAAGACGAAAACGCCCGUCAUCGUAUCGAUCGCAUUGCUUGCAUUUCUUCCUCUUCCCGCGAUCGGUCUCGCGGAAGAACUUGUACGACUCGAUCGGCCCUUGCGAAAUUAAAUGGCAGUGAUGGCUCGUACUCAAACGUAAACGUAGUUAACACGACAUUAUAUUACGAUGCGUUAGUUACCGAUGGCGCAAUAUGUGUCUUCCUCUCGAGAGAAAUAUUAAAAGUUAGAGACACCAGCAACGUGCGCACGCGCUUCGUUCGGUUCUCUCGCGUCGAUAAACUUCACGCGGUAACGCUAACUCACUCGCAGUCGUGAGACACUAAAGCGGUUUCAGGUGAAUGAUAACAAUAAGUAAAGAUAUUAACAAUAAAGGAAUAAAAGAGUAUACGCUUCAGCCAGGUGUAUACCGUUGUCCUUCAUCUGUCGCGGGAAAGUAGACAAUCGCGUACGGCAAACACGUGUAUUAUAUUUGAUUUCGCGCGCGCGAAACGAAAGAGGAGCACAGAUAUUGUUGAACUGUAAUGUUUAUACUUUAUUAUGCAUGAUAAAUAAUACGGCGACUAUAUUCGUGCAUUACUACAUUUGUUGGUAGGUGAAAGAAAAAAGUGAGAAAACUUUAACGUAAGAGAAAUAAAGUAGCCCUUUUUACAAUGUAAAUCUUCAUCCUUUGUAUAAUCGUAAAUCAAUAAAGCCCAUCGAAUUUCA